ACGCGCGAGCGCCGUCCACCGUCCGAUCGGGCGCCUGGAGCAGGAAAGCGGUGUUCGGAAACCCCGAGCGGGUACCAGGAAACCGUCCUCGACCUCGACCCAAUCUGCGAUAUCCUGCUAUAGCGACCUCUCGUUAUCGUCGUCGACUCGUUGUGGCUUGCGAGUUUUCGACGUCCUCUCGCUCUCGUUCUUUUUCUGUAUCGCCAAGAAGAGGGAGCAGAGGGGUGGUUGUGGGGUGGGGGGGGGGGGUGUUAACGGCAGUUGCGGCACCGGGCGGUGUAUGAGGGUGGGCAGGUCAGCGGAUGGCGUUCCACAACCACCUGUUGCAGUACGCGGAGCAGCGUUUGGGGGAUGGUCCGGUGGUGCUCGGAACGAUGGACCAGCUUGGAGGCCAGCCUUCCUCCUCCUCCGAUGCCUCCCCCGCUGCUAAAGACCGCCUCGUGGCCGAGGCAGCCGGGAAGCCGCCGCUCGCCGGGGGAAGGGGCCCGACGUGGCUCAACAGCGCAAUUCUACGGCAGCAGGGACACCAGUACGUGGACGGGAGCUUCCUUCAUCUCCAGACGACCUCCGAUUCAUCGGCGUCGCCGGCGGGCGGAGCCACCACCUCCGGCGGUGGCGUGGGCCAGUGGCCGCGGCCAGCGAUCCUGCAGCGGAGCGGGAGCGAUGACGAGGUGCCUGUGUCCAGCGACUCCAUGAUCGCCGCUGCGAUCUCCACCGAUGCCGGGGGGAGUGGCCAGCAGGCCCACGGCGGAGCGGAGAUGGGGGAAGGGGAGGCAGGCGUGCAGGGGGUAGCCGGCGGCGCUGGUGGUGGUGGGGCGGGGGAGCAUGUUGGAGAGGGUUCGUGGCAGAACGCGAGGUACAAGGCGGAGAUACUGGGGCAUCCGCUGUACGAGCAGCUGCUGUCGGCGCACGUGGCGUGCCUCCGGAUCGCGACGCCGGUGGACCAGCUGCCGCGGAUUGACGCUCAGCUGGCCCAAUCUCAGCACGUGGUGGCCAAGUACUCAGUUCUCGGACACGGCAAUCAGAUGCUCGGAGACGACAAGGAGCUCGAUCAGUUCAUGACACAUUAUGUCUUGCUACUCUGUUCCUUCAAAGAACAACUGCAGCAGCAUGUGCGUGUUCAUGCAAUGGAAGCAGUAAUGGCUUGCUGGGAGCUUGAACAGUCUCUACAAAGCCUCACAGGUGUCUCUCCCGGUGAAGGCACAGGCGCUACUAUGUCUGAUGAUGAUGAUGACCAGGCAGACAGUGACACGAACUUGUUUGAUGGAAGCUUGGGAGAUGGAUCCGAUAGCAUGGGAUUUGGUCCCCUUAUUCCAACAGAGAGUGAACGGUCCUUGAUGGAUCGUGUAAGGCAAGAGCUGAAGCAUGAACUGAAACAGGGGUACAAAGAGAAAAUUGUAGACAUAAGGGAGGAGAUUCUACGCAAGCGAAGAGCUGGAAAACUCCCAGGGGAUACCACUUCUACUUUAAAGGCUUGGUGGCAGUCCCAUUCUAAGUGGCCAUACCCAACAGAGGACGACAAGGCACGGUUAGUGCAGGAAACAGGACUACAACUAAAGCAGAUCAAUAACUGGUUCAUCAACCAAAGGAAAAGGAACUGGCACAACAAUCCAUCUUCAUCCAGUGCUCUGAAGAGUAAGCGCAAAAGAGAAGUAAUGCAGGUGACAACAAUGCUGAGCGCUUCAUGUAGACAACAGGCUAAGGAUAGAAACGUGGUUCGAUCGCAAGCAUUGUCCUCUGUUACAUUGGACAAUUUGGCAAAUAUCAAUGGAUAACAAACCUAAAUCAAGGGAUGCUCAGGAACCUGCAGGGAUCCUCAUAUAAAGACCCAUAAAUUAUUUAUAAAUAAAGCUAAUGUUAGCACUUAAGGCAAUAGGAGAUAGUUCUACAAAUGCUUGAUUUGAACCAUGCAGCAACUUCCACAAGUGUGUCAGAUAUACUAAUGUGUGCAGUGGCGGUGUUGGUGGAAUUGAACUAUCAGAUUUUUAAGAUUAUGAUGUCCAAAGAUUGUCUUCAACCUUUUCGUUACCCAAGUAUUGGUGGACUAAGUUUUAUUUUACCCCUAUACAUGUAUUUGAAUAAAAAGGCAGAGGUGUGGGUGUACAGUAUAAUAAAUUGUUACGAUAUGCCGUUAAUGUUAUUUAUCAUGAUAAUAGUUAUUAUAUAAUGUGCGGUGGAGUA